AUGAGUAUGGUCGGAACGUCCUGUGGUCUUCAGCUCUUCGCGAUUGUCUGGUCGAUUUUCAGCUUUUGCUGUUGUUGUCCCGGACUCUUUGGUCUAAUCGGAUUAAUGACAUUUGCUGCGUUUGGUUUGAACAUUGGUUCUGCUGUUUAUUGGUACAUGCAAACCAAGGAUGGUGAGUUUUUAUAUCAUGAACAAAGUUGUGGACUUUUUCAUUUGUUUGUGUUACGAAAAGUUGAAGUUCCUCUUAAGGCUUAGUCUUGCUUCUAUUUAUAACUUCUAUAAUAAUUUUUCAUUUCAGAAUACUUCAAGUACGUGGAAAAAGCUGAAGCUCAAGGUGUUGACGUGUCACAUUACAAGUACUACUUCAUAACUUCGUAUUCGUUGGAUCUCAUGGUUGCCUCUGCUGUUGUCCUGUUAUUAGUAACUAUUGUGGCUCAAGUUGUUCAGUGCUUACUUGGCAAGGCCAAAGACAAGCCUAAUGGACAAUAA